AGCAGAACCUGAAGCUGCUGCGACAGACGGAGUGGAGUGAGCGGCUCAGAUGGAGCGGGUACCGAGACGUUAAGCCGGCGCUGCGCUUUACUCGUUUAUUUUACCUCAGUCAAUGAAUGGGAGCUCACUUUUCAAUUGUGAUUGAGAAUGGAUGGGGAGAAACUGCCGUGUGAGGAAGGAUGGUAACCGGAGGAUAGAGAUUUAAGAUCAUUGGUUCAAGAAAAGCGCACACUGAAAGGCUGCACGAGGUUUCCACUGUAAUUUUGACAAGAAAACUGGGUGAAUAUUUGAAAAGGAAGUUUGCAGAAGUGAGAUUAAUCUCUUUCAAAGGGAUAUCACAGGCAUAAUGAGCUGAAGAGCCUCUUUCUAGGCUGUAUAGUCCUAUUAAUACGAAAGUGGUAAUAUUGGAGUGACACCCAUAAUUGAUCUGAAGGAACUGCAGAAUGGCAGGAGAUUCCAGAGUCCUCCCGAACACAGACAUGGACAUCAGAGCAACGACAAGAGAAUCUAAGAAGUUAUCUAAACAAGCACGGAACAACAUCUUAACAACAGACAGGACACGACUACUUGCGGAACCAAAGAAAGUCAAGCAAAGGUAUGUUGACAAGGAUGGGAAGUGUAAUGUCCACCAUGGAAAUGUCCAGGAGACCUACAGAUACUUUAGUGACCUGUUUACCACCUUGGUGGACCUCAAAUGGCGUUUUAACCUUUUAAUCUUCACAUUGGUCUUUACUGUUACUUGGCUGUUCUUUGGAUUAAUCUGGUGGCUUAUAGCCUACAUUAGAGGAGACCUGGACCAUUUAGGAGAUCCAACGUGGACCCCUUGUGUGGAUAAUUUGAAUGGGUUCGUGUCUGCAUUUUUAUUUUCUAUUGAAACUGAAACAACUAUUGGUUAUGGACACAGAGUUAUAACAGAGAAAUGCCCAGAGGGGAUUAUCCUGCUCUUGGUCCAGGCUAUACUGGGAUCCAUUGUUAAUGCUUUAAUGGUUGGCUGUAUGUUUGUGAAGAUCUCCCAGCCAAAGAAUCGAGCCGAGACACUCAUGUUUUCAAACCGCGCGGUCAUAUCUCUCCGGGAUGAGAAGAUGUGUCUCAUGUUCCGGGUUGGGGAUCUUCGUAACUCACAUAUUGUGGAGGCUUCCAUCCGAGCCAAGCUCAUCAAAUCCAGGCAGACCAAAGAAGGAGAAUUCAUACCUCUCAACCAGACUGACAUCAACGUGGGCUUUGACACUGGGGAUGACCGCCUCUUUCUGGUGUCACCGCUGAUAAUUUCACACGAAAUUAAUGAGAAGAGCCCUUUUUGGGAAAUGAACCGAAGUCAAUUGGAGAAGGAGGAUUUUGAGAUCGUUGUGAUCCUCGAAGGCAUGGUGGAAGCAACAGGAAUGACCUGUCAGGCCAGAAGCUCAUACUCAGACUCGGAGGUUCUUUGGGGACAUCGAUUCAACCCAGUGUUGACUCUGGAGAAAGAUUUCUAUGAAGUGGAUUAUAACAGUUUCCAUGAAACCUACGAAACAAACACCCCAGACUGCAGCGCCAAGCAAGUGGCAGAGAUGAAGGCAGCAGGCCGGAUCCUGUCUGAGCUGUCGUACCCACACCUUCCCAGUGAGGAAGUUGAGGCAGAGGAAGAGGAAAAUGCAGGCAAAGAAGGAUAUCUCAGCACAAACAGCCCCGCUGCCAAAAUGAAGGAAUUAAAGCCUUCCUCCACAACUGAAGACUCGGAAUACUGUACAGGGUUUUCAGCCAGGUUUAUACAGGGAUUGGAAGAAGCACAGAAACUCUAGGCUCUAGUGAGCUGUGGGAUUCCCCUAGACACUGGUGUACUGUUACUGGUUGACCAAACUAGUGAUUUAUACACACACACAUAUAUAUUUUUAUAUAUAUAUAUAUAUAUAUAUAUAUAUAUACAUAUAUAUAUAUAUAGACCCAUCAUGUACAGUGUGGAUCAAUCAGAAUUAGGGAAUGGGCUAGCAUCAUUUGUACAUAAAGAAUAAAUGUCACCAUUCACUGUUCCUGCCUAUUUAUUACUGGGCACCUAUUGUGCAUUCAGUAUAUCUUUUCUUUUGGCUGUUAGAUGGUUAGUUCUAGAAGGAAAGUGCAGGGCUGGAGGUAGUGGGAGCUCCUCCUCACUCAGUUUCAUUAGUAAUAUCCCUAACCAUUGAUGUCUGUGUCUGCUCUUUAAACUGAUUCUAUUUCAAGUCUGGUGGUGGUGCACUCUAGUUUUCAUUGAAUGGGAAUAUAUUAGAAACAUUUCUUUCUUGGGGAGGGUGGGUGAGCUGUGAUCAAACAUUUGGGCCACUACCUUUCCCCUGCCUUGGUUCUCCAAUCCCAUCAGCUGUCAAUGUUCUGAAUUGUUUUGGGGUACCGCUGACCUCUGCUCAUGAUAUCAGACACACAACCAGCCCAACCCUAUGUGGAACAGCACCCCUAGAACCUGAACUCGUACAAAAUGCAUACAGCGCAUUUCAAAGUGAGGGAGUCGACAGGGAGCUCAGUGGGCAUUUGAUUCAUCCACUGAAUUACUUGCGUAGCCCUAGGUCCCCUUCACUUUUUGCCCAACUUGUUAACUUGUUUUCGGAGUUCCAAACUCAGAUUGGUCUUUGAUUCUUCUGUACAGCAAAUGGUGGCUGGGUUUGACUUUUGGAAACUGGGACACUGUAACUCCAGCAGGAAAGGAAUCACUACAGCAAGAUUCCUGGGCUGAUUUUCUGGAAUACCCAGAAUAAUUGCGCCAACAAAGUAGAUUUUGAAGUCAGAGGUUGGACCUGUUAUCCCUUUGCUACAAUCUCAGGGGUUGGUGGUUGAGUGACUCAGCCAGACUGACACCACAAUCCUGGAUAUUCAGACAGUGAAGGUGGUGAGUUACAGGCUGGCAUCUUCUUGUGAUUACUGCCUGUUGUGAAAUGCCAGGUGAAAGGCAGAUGGUACUCAUGCACCCCAGCAAUUAAUUUCUACUUCCUUCUCGUAUCCUGUGGCCUUGACCUUAUUGCUUGCAUUCAGCACUUCAAUCCUGUGAUAUUUUCUGCACUGUUCCUGUUGCUCCUGUUUCUCAGCCAGAGGAAAUGAGAAUAUAGUUGAGAGGUGUCACUUCCAGCAGUCAUUUCUCUGUCAAAGACCACAGUUAGGACAAAUCUUUCUCUGUUCCAAUCUCUCUUUCUACCUGUCCCUUUCUCUCCAUCACUUUCUUUCUUUUGCUCUGUUUCUUUUCUCAGACUUUCACCUGCAGGGAAAUUGAAAAUACUGGUCAAUGGUCCUCAGCCCUUGCGCCACCUCUAACACUCCACCACAUUCUCUGCCUGUCCCUGCUCCAUACUCCGCAAACACUUUCCUUCCAAUUUCUAAUUUAAUCUGUCACUUUAACUUAGUUGCUCGUAUUGUCAACUCCCAGGCAGGGCUCACCUCUGGCCUUUAACUAUGAGGAGAGGUUGGAGAAACUCGGAUUGUUCUCACUAGAGCGACGGAGAUUGAGGGGCGACUUGAUAGAAG